AAAAAAUAAUAGCUUCUAAAUUAUGGAUUCUAAUAAUAAUUUAAUUACUUAACACAAUUUCCUUUCUUAACCACAUAGUUUCAGUAUAUACAAUACCCUUAAAUAUAUUAUCCAUAUUAAUUUAUAUCAUCUGAAUUCUAUGGAGUUAAUAAAUACAAAGAAAUGUUGAGCUGUCAAAAAGAAUAGAUGUAUUAGUCAACUUUUUCAGAUAUGACCAAGUCUCGAAAUAAUCUGUCAUAGUUACAGGGUUAAUCAACUUUAAAUCUUUCUAAAUUUAAGGUGAAAUAAAUUUAACUUCAAGAGAUUGUUGCAAAAGAAGAAGAGAUUGACAAUUCAAAGUUAUAGAAUAAUAUUUUAGAUACAUCAUUUCCUUUAUAAAUAAGAGCAGAUAUUAUGGAGAUGAUUUAGAAAUAGAAUUUAUAGGUAUAAUUCAAAUAAUAAGAAGAUUAAGAACGAUUAGAUUGA